GAAAGUGGGAGUGGCGAGCGUAAGGGCGCCCUGCACGCGCGCGACAUCGACGCGCAUUGGAUACAGAGGUCGCUAUCGAAGUUUUAUAAGGAUCCGAUAGUGGCACAGCAAAAAGUUAACGAAAUUCUACAGAUUCUGAGGGAAGCGUCGGAUGAUCGCGAUUGUGAGAAUCAGUUGGUGUUAUUGUUGGGUUUUGAUCAGUUCGAGUUUAUUAAGGUGUUGCGACAGCAUAGGUGA